CAGUUGCCAUAUCAGUCAAUCUCCACCUUGUUGGCGUACAGGCGCCUCUGGUACUGGAGUCGGGGUGGUUGGCUGUAUGGGCGUCGCGGCCUUAAAGGGGCCCGCACCUCCUGUGGCCGCCCUUUGGGGACAUGGCGGCGGCUGGUGACCCCCAGCACAUGGGUAUUCUGCGUGGAAGUUGUAAAUCUGCAUCAAUCACAGAUGGACUCUCUGCAGCGUCAUUUGUAGAUUAUCCUAAAUACAAACCCUUCAUUAAUUCUGAUUUGCAACACUCCCCUGAGAAACCAGUAAUUCCAUAUCCAGAAAGUAACAGCAGAGCAAUAUUUUCUGCUCUGAAGAAUCUUCAGGAGAAAAUUCGCCGACUAGAGCUGGAACGGAUUCAGGCAGAGGAGAAUGUGAAACACCUGAGUAAAGAAACAUCCGACUAUAAGAAAGUGCUGAAUGAGCAAAUACAACAGAGGGAGCACUCCAAGACAGAGGUGUCCAAGCAAAAUCAAGGUUUGUUCACAUGUAGCCUUUGCGUGGUCAGGGUGCUAGCAAUACAAACUCCACCCAAGGUCACCUUAGAGAGAGACCGACUUCUAGAUCAAUCUCAUGUUCAGUCUAAAUUGGAAAAGCUGGAUUUGCUGGAACAAGAAUACACCAAACUAACUGCAAUGCAGGCUCUAGCAGAGAAAAAAAUGAAAGAACUGGAACAGAAGCUCCAAGAGGAGGAACAUGCAAGGAAGCUUGUGCAGGAGAAGGCAGCUGAGCUUCAGACAGGAUUGGAGACUAACCGAAUACUGUUGCAGGCAGGAACGCCAUCAGUUCCUCCAAAGCCAAGGAAAACAAAGAAGAAAGCCAAGCAGCCAGACAAGAAACGUCCUCUCACGAGACAUUUCCAUUCACAACCCCACUACAGGCUGUGUCUGGGUGAUGUGCCAUUUGUUGCUGGAAAGUCUACUAGUCCCAGCCAUUCUGUUGGAGCCAACGUACAACAUGUGUUGCAUCUAAUGAAACAACACUCUAAAGCUCUGUGUAACGAUCGUGUGAUCAGUGAUGUUCCACCACCUAAGCCGACUGCCAACGCAUCUGACCCCAGCAAAGGCAGAAAGUCCUCUCUCUCGACAGGCUCCUCUGCAUCCCAGGAAGAGCUUUCUGAAGUGUUGCUGACUUUGCAGGAUGAAUUUGGGCAAAUGAGUUUUGAUCACCAACAGCUAGCAAAGCUAAUCCACGAAACCCCAACUGGUGGCCUGAGGGAAGACCUGGAGCGGGAACUUGAGGCAUUGGUGAGAAGAAUGGAGGCAAAGGCAGACCAAAUAAGUAAAGUCCGGAAACAUCGGACACGGCUGGAGAAACUCAAGAAAGAAUGUAAGUCCAAAAAGUCUCGUGCUGAAGAAACACGAGACAGCCGGAGUGGAGUUAGUGAGGUGAAAGUAACAACCACCGUGACAACCAGGGGGAAGGAUGCUGGCCCCAUCAAAGUGAAACCUGGAGAGAAAAGCCGGAAAAACCUUCAAUUGUUGCGGGACAUGCAGAGUAUACAGACUUCCCUUCAGAAAGAUGAUGUCAGCUGGGACUACUGAUUUCUGUACUGGUUGAUAUUUUCCUUAAACUCCACCAGUCUGAACUUUACGUCUCACAUUCCAGGUCUAAAAGAGAUGCCUUUUCUACUGUGUGAAAGAGACUACUGUAUACGAAGUGCACUUUUUAAAUGUAACCCCCCCCCCCCUUUUGCAUCUGUAGGUCUGAUUUAUUAUGGUUCUAAUCCAUCCACAACACACACUAGAAAUGGGCCUUGCUUCCUCUAAUCUAACUACUGAGUCUAUAUGCAACCCUCCAUUAUCUCCCCCUUUGUCAGCUGUAUCCUUCCUCUAAGUCUUCCCUUCUAGCCUCCUCCCACGCCUGCUGCACAAUGUUUUAUUUCAUUAUUCACAUAGGUGGCUUGUCUAAAAGGUAUUUGUGGUUUCACAACUCUUGCUAUUGAACUUCUGCAUGGGGCUGCUUAAAGGCAUAUCACCAUUUGAAAAUGAAGCUUUAGCCACGAGUCUACAAGGUGUUAUCAGUUGCUGGAUGUAUACACAGUUGCUGACAGCACAGCCUUUGAGAACAUAAGAAGAAGCAGGCAAACCUCAUAAGUGUUUUGUUUAACUAUCCAGUUCCAGGUCUGCUACCUUCCAUUAGCCAUUAUUAAUUGCAAUGGACACUUCAACUCACUCACAAAGAAAGAACAAAGUAAUGAUCUUUUGGACUAGUUUUUCUUACCAGUUGACUCUCUCUCAUUUAAUAGUAAUGAUGUCUUAAGACUGGAGAGAGAAGUCUUCUGAUGUGGAAUAUUGGGAUAAAAUCUAUCAUUUACUAGUGCACUUUGGCUUGAGCAGUAAAGUGCAGACAUUUUUAAUUUGCAAGUGCCUUAAUCAUGCCAUUCAGUGCUGGCAGCUUGCUUAAUUUUAACUUGAAAUAGUAUUCAUUUUGACUUGGAUAUCUGCUUUUUUUAGUGGUGCAGGUAUGAGUGCUAAAUGACUCGCACACUUAAGUGAAUGUUAUUUAUUAUAUUAAUAAUGUAAAGAAUGUCAUAGUAAUGGCAUGUACAGAAGACAGAUUCAAAUUACCUGUGUCUAUAAAGUUUUAUGAUUGGAAACCAAUAAAAUUAAUUUGCAAAUUUGAGUGAA